AUGGAGCAGAUACUGUUGGAUAUUUGCAAACUGCCUCUGCUUAGUGUGCCAGAGGAAUGCCGGCACAUUGGAGAGAAUGAUACGCGCAGUUCCACUCGAACACCAUUCGUAACCUUGGACGCCUUCUUUAGGCCACCUUCCUGGAAUAACCAGAGCCUAAUUCGAAACACUGAGAACGAAGAAGAAGAAGAAGAAGAAGAAGAAGAAGAAGAAGAAGAAGAAGAAGAAAAGGCACAAGUUCGAAAAGCAGAUUGGAACGCGACAGGUGGGAACCUUGUGGCUCCUGCACAUAAAUGGGCCAGGGUAUAUCGGAGUGAAGAACCAGAAAUUUCCCAAUAUCAAGAUCGGCCACAACAUGAUAUUGGCUGUGAAUAA